CACAAACGAUCCGUCUGCACGGUAAUACUAUGCUCUCGUGCAAUGUGCAUGGAGAAGUUGCACUCGCAUACGAAUUUUGGACUUCUAAACAUCUAAAGGCAACAAAUUGCUUAAGAACCUUCUUGCAACCGCUUAUCCACAGAGUGCGUAAGCACAUUAUCUUGCAAUAAUCAUGGCAAGGAAACCGCAAAAUUAUGUUGCGAAUAUUCGGGCUCGUGGUGACAGGAACGAGAUCAACACCGAGCAAAAUGUUUUUGAUGAUCUUAAAGCAUUCGAGAGUAGAAUGAUGGAGAUCGUUGCAUGCCCGCGCAGUACGACACGAAAAUGGCAGAUGGUGCUAGCUUUGGCGUCGGUGUUUACUGUGAUAUCCACUGCACGAUGGCUUCUGGAUCCGUUGACACAGCAGGUUUCAUUUUGGCAAUCCCUACUGAACCAUCCGGGAUUCGUUUUAUGUACACUGAUUUUGACGAUUCUUUUCCUUACUGGAAUUCACCACCGUGUCGUAGCUUCAUCUAUAAUAUCCGCAAGGGUGAAAACUGUUCUUAAGGAUUUUAAUAUGUCUUGUGAUACGAAUGGCAAGUUAAUUUUGAAGCCUCGCUCAGGAAUCGCGUAAUCUGAACUGUGGGAAUCCGGGGAUAUUCAUCUUGUCAGUUGUCACUUUUGUGCUUCUGCUACCUGAGUUUGUACAGAGUCUAUGUUAAUGUGGUAAUGUGUUUUGGUGUAAUUGUUUUGAACUCCUGAUGUACAUAGAUAAAUACAUAUUGUUACAGAUAAUAGUCUAUACUCGCAAAAAGAGGAAAAAAGCUGAUAA